GCGUGAAUUGAGCCAAACUAUGCGAGCAGUAACGUUACAGCUAACGUGCGCGACACACGUCAAAAUUUAGUUCGUUGAUACAGUAAUUAAAGCUAACAAUGUUGCGAUUGUUAAGAACAAUUCAAUUACCACGGUGCUUCUCUACUGCCGCUAGAGUGGCACCCGAGAAAAAUCCAUCGAUUAUGUACACUGGAAUUUUUAUUGAUAACGAAUGGCACAAAUCGAAAUCAGGAAAAACGUUCGCCACCGUAAAUCCAGCAACCGCCGAAACGAUCGCGGAAGUACAAGAAGGCGACGCAGCGGACAUCAACGCAGCUGUGCAUGCAGCGCAAGAGGCUUUCAAAUUGAAUUCGCCAUGGAGAACCAUGGACGCUUCUGAGCGUGGUCGGCUUCUGCAUAGAUUGGCCGAUUUAAUAGAACGUGAUCGUGCUUAUCUCGCGUCAUUGGAAACGCUGGACAAUGGAAAGCCUUAUUCCGCGUCGUACGAGUUCGAUGUACCUGCGAGUGUAGCCACUUUACGAUACUACGCUGGGUGGGCAGAUAAGAAUGGCGGGAAAGUGAUCCCCGUAGACGGACAGUACUUUGCGUAUACUCGUCACGAACCUGUUGGCGUGUGUGGACAAAUUAUACCAUGGAAUUUCCCUAUACUGAUGAUGGCGUGGAAAUUGGGACCCGCCUUAGCUACCGGCAACGUUAUCGUUUUGAAGCCAGCGGAGCAGACGCCGUUGACUGCGUUAUACGUGGCUCAGUUAACCAAAGAAGCUGGGUUCCCUAGCGGAGUGGUGAACGUCGUCCCAGGUUUCGGCAAAGCUGGAGCAGCUCUGGUCGCUCACAAUGGAGUCGACAAAAUUGCGUUCACAGGAUCGACCGAGGUCGGAAAGCUGAUACAGCAGAAUUCGGUCGGCAAUUUAAAGAGAACCACGUUAGAACUUGGUGGGAAGUCUCCUAACAUUAUCUUUAAGGAUGCUGAUUUGGACCAUGCCGUGGAAACCGCUCACUUCGCUCUCUUCUAUAAUAUGGGUCAGUGCUGUUGCGCUGGCUCUAGAACCUUCGUCGAAGAUUCCAUCUAUGACGAGUUUGUAGAAAGGAGCGCUGCACGUGCCAACUCCAGAGUCGUCGGCGAUCCGUUCGACCCUAAUGUAGAACAAGGUCCCCAGAUCGACGAGGAACAGGCGAACAGAAUUAUGUCUAUGAUCGAAAGCGGUAACAAAGAGGGAGCAAAGUUAGUUUCGGGUGGUAAACGACUUGGCGAUAAAGGAUACUUUGUCGCGCCCACGGUAUUCGCUGAUGUGACCGAUAAUAUGACCAUUGCCAGAGAAGAGAUCUUUGGACCAGUUCAACAGAUUCUCAAAUUCAGUAGCUUGAACGAAGUUAUCAAUCGCGCCAACAUUACCGAUUACGGAUUAGCGGCUGCUGUCUUCACAAAAGAUAUCGACAAGGCAAAUUACGUGGUUCAAGGCCUUAAGGCUGGCACCGUAUGGGUUAACACGUACAACGUUUUAACGCCUCAAGUGCCGUUUGGUGGUUACAAAAUGUCUGGACUCGGAAGGGAACUUGGAGAAUACGGUCUUAGAGCGUACACCGAAGUUAAGAGUGUCAUAGUCAAAGUUAACAAGAAAAACAGUUAAACAGUAUUUCUACUAUCGAUUCAGCCUGUGAUAAGUGUCCAUAUGCCACAGCUUUGUACGUCUUUUAUUCGUAUCAACGAACGUUAGAGAUUUGUAUUUAAAGUACUACCACACCGUUCGAUAAUAUUAUAUAUUUUUGUAUAAUUUGUACUGCAAGAAGAAAAGAAAAUGUGAUACUUUAGAAUUACAGAAUUU